GCUGUUGCAGUAACACUCCGUGAAGGCACUGCAGGAACGAUCAUAAAAACACUAAGGAAGAAGUUUCUGGAAGACUAUUGUAACCUUGUAUUAGGUAAUUUAUGCACGGCGACAGAGCUCGAGAUCUGCCUCUGACGGACGGUGGAGAAAGAGAUGGGACAGAGAAAGAUGGGAACCCCUACCAGCGGCUUGGAGAAAAUCAAUGCUGUGGUGAUGGGCAAAGAUGGUGUUGGUAAAUCCGCUAUGACGGUUCGCCUGCUCACCAAACGUUUCAUCGGCGAAUACGACAGCUCUCUUGAAUCAAUCUACAGACAUUACUUUAAGCUGGAAGAGAAAUUCAUUGCACUGGAUAUCAUGGAUACAGCCGGCAAGAAUACUGAAGAAAAACUGAGUCAGUGCUCACCCUUCGGAAACAUGUUCUUGUUGCUGUUCUCCAUCACCGACAGAUCUUCUUUAAAAGAGGUCGAACGACUCGGUCAAUAUUUGAAGACAACGAUGACGAGCGGCCAGUACAGCAUUAUUGUAGUCGGGACAAAACGAGACUUGUCGGAAUACCGAAAGAUUCCCGAAGUUGAGGGAAGGACACUCGCCAAUGAGCUCGGAGGAACCUAUCACGAGAUCUCCAGUGCUGAAGGAUACGAAGAAACACUGAACCUGUUCCAAGAUGCGAUCAGAGUGCAUCUGCAGUCGCGGUACACCGACCGAGACCGGCAAAAAAGGGGACUGGGGCUAAGGAAACUUAGGGAGGGCCUCCUUGUGCGAACCAAGUCACUUUACAGGAAACGAGGCCUGACCUUUUAGAUAGACCUACUGGGUGAUGACCACGUGCACAGGCGCCUUUGACAUGAAUGCGUUUGAUACAUAACAGCUAAAUUGUAAAGUUUGUAGUUGUAUAUAAAGUAUGUCGUUAGGUGAUAGUAUCAUGACAAAAAUGCGCGUUUUAAAGGCAAACGUAAAGGUGCAGUUACUAUCUUUUCCAGAAAAUUAAUUUAUUCAGUGCGCAUGACUUGAAUAUAACAUACAUUUCACUGAUAUCAAGAUACCAUACAUUUACAAGAAAUGUAAUCAAUGGAUAUAUCAUGAGAAUUUUCUUCUCUUACAUUUAAAAGUUUGAAAUAAAAGCUAGCGCUAAGAAGUCACGACGUUUCGACC